AUGGAGCAGGAGGUGAACCACCCCACAGAUGGCAUCCUUGCCGCGCUGCACGACGUGGCCAAGGAGGUCACCCAGCCGAUCGAGUACGAGAGCUGGUCCUCACGGCUGUCCGUCGCCUAUAUCAUGGCGCGGAGGAGCGUCAGCACCCGCUUCAUGACCGAGGAGUGCGACAACCUGCCCAGCGGCAGCUACGUGGAUGAAGGCCUGAUACCAGGACCCGCGUCCUCUGACGAGGGCCCGGGGCGUUUUGACUUCUACUUGGUCUCGCAGACCUAUGUCAUUGGAACGGCCAAGCCGACUCUGUACUCAGUGCUGCACAACACUUCGAAUUUCUCGAAGUCUGAGAUCAUACAGCUGACCUACCGGCUGUGUGCAGUGUACAUGACCUUUGCUGGAAUGGUGUCAUUGCCGGCGCCUCUGAAGUACGCCGCAAAGCUCCUGAGCCUCCUUUCGAAGUGCAGCGACCUCCCUUCGCAGCCCAGCGGAGAGGUGAAGACCUGGAGGCCAAACCUCUUCUUCGUGUAG